AUGGUAGAUACCAGAUGUCAUUCCUUUGAGGAAGCCUCUGCAGCAGACAAUCGCAGGCCACCAAACUUUACUCCACAGUCGCAAAUACGUUCCUCGGAUGAGAUUGAUUUCCUCCGAAUUACCGAUUUUGCAACUGUCAAUCUGCCAUUCUUUGAAUCGCCUGUUCAAACCCCCAGAGCCAAACCCCGUCCGAUUGCUCACUCCAAAGAGAACCGAGUCUCAUCUCCCGAAAGAGGACGCUGUGGAUUGAGAUCUGUCACCACCUUGCCAGGCGGUAGAAGCUCUAUCCGCGCAAAGCUCUCCCCUGAUCGAUUCAUUCCAAGACGGGAUUUUGUCGAACCAAAGUCAGCAGCAUUUCAUGUAGUCAAGCCUGCGCAGCAACUUUCGCCUCGGCAAAGACUCUUCCGGAGGCUUUCACCCGGUGAUGACCCAUUCCUACCAGCAAGCUUCUCCAGAGCCCCUCCUGAUGCUCGGUCCAGUGGCUAUCAGCGGCUCCCGCGUCAGCGCCCUCAUUUAGUCACAGAGUUUAACCACUCCUCGCGUGAGAGCUCUGCACAAACCAGUCCCUCUGCAAUUUGGAACUUGGGUGGAGCUUCUGCAGCGCAGGAGGGUGCCCAUAAUGUACCUCAUGGUGGCUCACAAAUUGCUUUGGGCAAUCGAUCAGCGGCCCCGAACUACGUGGCUCGCUUCUUACCAGAAAGGCCGAACUGCAGCGAAGAUAUGAUCCACGAGUCGAGGAUUGCACUUGCUCUGGGUAUUGAUCAAUCAAACAGGCUCCUCGACACCUCUUUACCAUGCCCUGAUGCUCCUCUCAAUCCCUUAUCUCCGGACUUUGAGCGCCUUUCUCCAUUUGUUUGGAAAGAUAGCGCAUGGAAGAAGGUUGAAAGAGAGCAUUGGCCCAAGCCUCGUACCAAGAAGGAACUUGUUCCAUCAAAACCAUUUCGAAUCCUGGAUGCCCCUUUUCUUCGGGAUGACUUCUACUGCAGUACACUUGCAUAUUCCUCCAUAUCUGGGAUACUGGCAGUGGGGCUCUGUCAUCAAGUGUUCCUCUGGUCGGAAGGCUGUGGGGUGGAUUCUCCACCGUUCGGUGAUGUGCACCCAUCAAAUUAUGUGACGUCUUUGUCAUUUUCAUCCGAGGAUGGCGAGAGAAGCAUUCUUGCGGUAGCUCGUCGAUCUGGUCAGUUAACACUGUGGAGCACGUUCGAAAAGCACGUCCGAUUCGAGAUCAGUCACCCCAACAGCAUCACCUGUGUGGCAUUUAAACCCACAACAUCUCGCCGCCUCUCUGAAAGGUUCACUCAUGCCGAGGUCGACGUUGAAGAGCUCGUCGCAGGCGAUGAAAUAGGAAAUGUCUGGUACUACUCGGUCGAAUGGAGUAACGAUGAUGAUCGAGCGAAAUGGAAAUGGAAUGGAUCCAUGACCCUGCUUGCCAAGAUAUGCGCGCACACUCAGCAAAUCUGCGGGUUGACAUGGUCACCCGAUCUGAAAUAUCUCGCUACGGGUGGAAACGACAAUGUUUGUCUUCUAUUCGAGAUGGGCAAGAUAGUUCCAGCACAGUCGACAAUCCCACCCUUGACGCAUGGUUUCCCAACCAGCUUCAGCUUAGGGGCGUUUCCAUAUCAUGCUUUCGGUACUGUGACGAGACGACUGUUUCAUCGGCGACCCGCCAUGGCACAAGCUCUCCCAUCAUGGGUUGCCCCUCCUCCGACCAAGUCACCACCUUUGCUUCCCCUCCUCAGUCACGCGGGAACCCUGAUAUCUGGCGGUGGGAGAACAAUUCUAGUCCCAUUUGAUCGUGAAAAACACCGCCUGCGCCACUCUGCGGCAGUGAAAGCAAUUGCAUUCGCACCAUGGCAGUCGUCCCUCCUUGCCACCGGAGGUGGCUCCAACGACCGGGCGAUUCAUUUCUAUCACACACGCACCGGUGCAUGCCUUGCAACCAUCAAUGUAUUUGCUCAGGUAACUAGCCUCAUCUGGAGUCAUACCCGGCGCGAAAUUGCAGCUACUUUCGGUUACGCACAGCCGGAUCAUCCAUUUCGCAUCGCUGUGUUUGCUUGGCCCAGUUGUGCUCAGAUCGCUGUCGUUCCUUGGGGACCCCAUGGGGCUAGUUGGGAUGGUACAGAUCCUCGGGUCAACGUCGACUGCGGAAGAGCGCUGUGCGCCGUGAGAUACCCAGGGAAAGUCCCCCGCUCAUUGAGCGCUGCGUCCGUCAAAUCGGAAGAGACCCAUUCAUCUUCGUCUCGGAGGCGUGUGGAGGCUAGGAGUCCGUCUGAGCGUAGGACCAACCCCAUGCGAAGGGUCCGUCCUAAAAUGUCAAAGCCCAAGGAGAAAGAAGGCGGCAUGUGGUGUGCCAGGACUGUGGAAGAAGGCUGUAUCAUUGUUGCCUCGAGUGAUCAAACUGUUAAGUUCCAUGAGGUCUGGACAGGGCGAAGGGCAAGUACUGGUUCUGCUUAUGGGCUUUUUGGCGGCAGCGCCAUUCUCGAGGAUUUGGAAGGCAUUGAGAAGUGUGGUGAAGUCAUUCGCUGA